GAGUCGAGUCGACAGAAAUAACAAAAUUCUCCAUCUCGUCAUCACUAUUCGUCGAGAAGAACAUUCGGACAGAACCCCCGCCCACAAACCCUAAUUUCCUCCCGCUCUCCCUCGCACUGCAAAUCCCCCGGAAUUGAUCAGCACCGGAGCUCCCCCUCCCUCGAUCCACGGCAUUUCCCCUCUGAGCAGCCUCAAUUGCCGCCGAAUUCGCCUCGAACCACCCCCAAUUCCGCGCGCUUAAUUCGGGUCCGCUGUUGCCUCGGCUGCCCGACUGGAAUGGUGUAAUUUGAGCUGUAUCAGCGGAUUGUUGGCGCGAAAGUUGAGUCCUUCCUACGAGAGUGGAUAGUUCAGUGGGAGGGUGAAGAAGGGCUGUGGGGGGAUUCGGAUGCGAUCUUGAAUUGAACGGUUUCUGGUUCCAUGCCUCAGUUAAUUUUUCUCAACCUUGUGAGAAAUUGAGCAAUGGAUCCCGAAGAAAAGAAGUUUGGAAGAGGACCGAGAGAACUGACUGGUGCCGUGGACCUUUUAAGCCACUUCAAGUUGCAGCAACAUUAUGAUUUUUUUUGCAAGAGGUCACUACCCUUGUCAAUUUCGGACACCCACUAUCUUCACCACGUGGUUGGAGACACGGAAAUCAGAAAAGGAGAAGGGAUGCAGCUAGCUGAACUAAUUCAGGAUACGUCUCAAUCUAGAGAUGCUAAUGUGCGCAUACAAACUUUUAACCUUGAUGUUCUUAGAGAUGCCUUUCAAUUAAAGGAAAGUGGUUUCAUUGAGCUACCUCAGUCUGAAAAAGGGGAACCGACUAUCCCCUCAAAAUUGAAAGGUGAAUCCAAAGACAAGGAGAAGAAGCAUAAGAAGCACAGAGAGAGGGAUUCUGAGAAGGAUAGAGAGCAUAAGAAGCACAAGCACCGGCAUAAAGAUCGAAGCAAAGAUAGAGACAAGGACAAGAAGGAUAGAAGUGCACAUCCUGAUUCUGGACUUGAUCAUUCUAAGAAACAUGAAAAGAAGAGAAAGCACGAUGGAGAUGAAAAUGUCAAUGAUAUUCACAGACACAAGAAAAGUAAGCACAAGAGCUCGAAACUUGAUGACAUCGGUGCAAUAAAGGUAGCAGGUUGAUUGGUCGGCGGAAUUUUAGUUCAUGUAAUGUUUUCAGAUGUCAAUAACAUCUUGGAGGGUCGAUGUUAUGCGACAUAAUUGAGAGUAACCACCCAAUUGACUUAGGAUGUGUACGAGGUGAUUUUGUCUUUGUGAGGGACUAGGAUGGCAAGGUAAACAAACUCGCUGAUGAUGAACUUCUUUGUUGUAUAAAGGGUGUGCAAUAAUUCUUGUUCGUCUUUUUCUUCUUCUUCUUCCCCAGUUUAUAAUGGCACCCUGGAUCCAAGACCUUUACCCAUUUGUGCAAUUAUAAUUUGUCUAUAAUUUCCAAAAACAGUUAGAAUUUUAGUCAAGUCUCUUUAGAAUUUUGGCUUUGAUUAGUAGAAGUAUGGUAGAUGGGUUAAGAAAAGAAGGGGAUGUGUAAAUAUAUUUGAUUUCCCUCAUCGAAACGCGAUUGUCAGGACUAAGCAGUUUGUCUGCUGUUUCAUGGACAGUUCGGUCUCAUUGUGAAGGGUACUCUGUUUUUCCUAGGAAAAAGUAGCGCGCACUCACCCCUGCUUUGUCGUUAAAAAUCUUGUUCCUGGACUCUGCUUGAAUCCCUGAUGAAAUUUGAUUUCCAUCCUCUUGUUUUUGGA